UACGACUCGGGACUAAGGCAUCUUCUCACAACUCUUGAUUGCUCUCUGAGCUCCUUUUCCUCUUCACUGACUCUUCCCCUGUGACUGUAUAAAUUGAGCUGCAUAACAGUUCCUGCAUAUUGCACUGGGCAAGAACCCUCCCACUGAACAUUGUUUAUCACAAUGGCAACCUUCUUCCAGAGCGUUCGCCAGGGCUUCGGUCGAGGAGGAAACAACAAGACUCCAAACAACCCCCCCAAGUCGAACAAUGGUGCCCAAACACCACCAACAGGAUAUCCGCCGCAGGGGAUAGCCAAUGUGUCAGCUGUUCCUCAAUCUGGUUCGGUGGUGUCUAAUCUUAACACCGAUGUCGUCGUUCCCAACAAUGAAGACUCGCCAAAAUAUUUUUUCCAAGAAAAAUAUGUACCCUUGAACGUCAAAGGCAAUUUCUUGACUCUUUGCGCUUGCCCGAAGAAUGCUGAGCUGGGAGAGUGGCUUGCUCAUCAAAUUGUUGAACAAUACCGUUUACUUCAUGGUAUGUUACAAGUUAUCCAGGAAGUUAACACUGUGACUGGUCUUCCGCUAUGUAACGAGAAUACUUGCCCAACAAUGUCUGCUGGACGUCUCACCUACACCUGGCUUGUCGACGGACGUGCCGCCAAGAUCUCAGCUCCCAAGUUUAUUAACCGGGUAGAGAAAUGGAUUGUCAGUAAGAUUCACGAUCCAGUGAUGUUUCCCACAGAACCAGUCCAGGGCGCACCACAUACCUUUGCUUCGGGCGAUGUGUCCACUCCUCCAGCAAACACGCCAAUUGCUGCUGGCCCUACCAACUUGAAUUUAUCAUUGACCUCACUCGCUGGGCAAGAUUGGAUCGGCAAAUCUAGUGGAUUUCCUCCAACCUUUUACAAAGAUUGCCAAGGCAUCAUGAAGCAAAUGUUCCGCUGCUACGCCCACUUGUAUCAUGGGCAUUGGCUCGACCCUUUCUGGCACAUCAACCGCCAUGAGAUGUUGAACAUGUGCUUUGUUCACUUCGUUACAGUUGCCAAGUACUACAAGCUUGUCGCCGAGAAGGAGAUGGAACCGAUGCAACCCCUUAUCGAUUUGUUCAUCAAGCAGGAGAAGAUUCCUCCUGAGGCUAUCGCAGGCCACUGGGCAUCUCAAGAGGCUGUGGGUACGGCAAGCCCGACAUCUAACCCACCUCCAACUUAAUGCAGAUUAUCCGAAGCAUUUCGAGUA